CUCACUGUCUGGAUCUAUGUUGUAGAUAGAUGGGCUAGAUGCCACACGCCGUUAGCCUGCAGGUUGCAAAGGUUCAAAGUUUGAUUUCACAUCAUUUUUUGCCGUUCUUCUUCUCCUCCUCCUUCUACUUCUUUUUCUUCUUCUUGGGGCUUUGUAUUUCUCCUCUGCUUGGAUACUGCUGACUUAAGCAUUGGAUAUGUGCACACAGGAUGAUGACAACCCCUUUCCUCCCCGUAGAAGUAAAAUAAAAUAGGCUUUCGCUCACACUGGAUUUACUCCUGUCGUUCCAUAUGAAGAAGCCAAAAAUUUGGAUACGCGUCUGUGUCCAUUUACUGCUGUUCAUCACGCUUGGGGUACAUUCAAGUAAAUUUGACGUCAACCCAGUGACAGAUGACAUCUCGAGACUCUCUAUUUUGAGACAAAAUAUUCCUAAAGAUUACAAAAUUCCUGUACACUACGUUCCAAAAGAAGAGGGAGGGAUGUGUUGGGUAAAAUUAAACGUCUUCUACUUGGAGGCGAGUUUACAAGAUUUAGCACACAAGUUUGGAAACAUUUCAUCCAACAGAAAAGAUAUUAGCAUAUUCAUCCAAAUGCUCCAAGAACUGCGGCUCAACAUGGGGUCUGUGGAGCCAAUCAUGUAUGAUUUUGAGUGCCACUACAGGGAAGAGAGGUGGCCGACAGUGCGAUACUUUGACUUCGUCAAAGACUUCCUCAUAGCUGCACAGAAUAAAGAAGAUUCAGAUGACUGUGAUCCUCCUACCUGUCCCACAACACCAUACACAGCAACAACAGAAGCAUAUUUAAAAGAAUCACCACCAUCCAGCAGUAAAGGCUCAGACUGUGUGGGCUGCACACCAUAUGAAACGAGUGCCCUGACUGAGGUGGUGGAGCGAAGUCUUCUCUCCUUAUUGUUCAUUCCACUCCUAGCUCUCGUAUUCCUGCUUGUGUGGAAGGUUCGAUCAUGGAGGAACGAGGAGGAUCUUCAACAGAAUCCUGGAGAAGGUGGACUCAUCACAGGAACAGAAGUGAUCGCAACUCCACUAGAUGUUGAAACAUCAGAAAAAAACAUGUUGAACGUUUAAAUAGCGUAACGCUUCUGCCCUUCGAUGUUCUUCAGCGAAAUUGGGCUCUACUCUUUUCUCAUGUUGGUGUCCAAAGGUGAUGAAAACAAACAAACAUGAAGCUGUAUUCCAUAGCGAGAUCUCAAAGGUAAAAAGGCCUUUGGUUUUUGACUGCUCUCCAGAUUAACGAUGGCAGAUUCAUGCCAUGCUCAAGAUUCUUCUGGAAAAACCACGCCUGCUGCCGUAUGGAUAAGCUUGCCUUUCUUGUAAGACUGCAUUAACCCCAUGCUUCUGAAAAAGACUGAGAUUUUAGCAGAGGGAAAAAACCCUGUACCGCAACCCCCCUCUACUGGAUUCUCUGGCUCCUCUCUGGAAUCGUCCAUCACAACCUGCAGCAUCAUGAACUCAUUGGGGGAAAACUUCCCCCUCAGCACGUUGCAACAGUCUGCCUGUGUUUUGGGGCCCACCAGUUCAUCUUCAAAUAGCAAAGCAGAGACUGACUGACACUGGUUAUCGCUUGUAUGAACUGAGGCAUGAAUUACUACCUCCGGUGACCCUCACGUUAACCACAACAGCUCUACAGUUUCCUCUUAGUCCAGGGUUUCCUUAAGAAUAUAAUGUUAAACAUUGUAGUUCCAAGUUGUAGUCACAUUGUCUGGUUUAGGCAUGUACCCAUGGGGGUGUAUGAUGUAUUUAUUUAUUGGUGGCAGCACUGAGCUGCUGCUGUUGAUACAACUGAAAUGUUUCAGGCAAUCAUUUAAGAGCACCUCUACUAAUGGGUCACAUUUAAAGAACAAUCUAUAUACUAACACAUCGUAAACCCAAAAAACACAUUCCUGAACAAGUUACAUUUCCUCGUGUGAUGAUGUUGUUGUUGUCGGUAUAUAUGACUCGGGUGAUUUAGGUUGUGUGAAUGGAUUACAUGGAGAACAAAACACAUAUAUACAAAAUAUGCUGCUUUGAUUAACUUACAUAUAGACCAUUGCAAUCUGCAAUGACAUUCUGCUAGCGAGUAUCAGGGAUGACUUCUGUGGAUCCAGGAUUUUUUUUUUUUUUUUUUUUUUUUUUAAAGGUGAAUUCAGAACGUAGGUGUUAGACGCAUGUAAGGCAACGAUGGGCCUCCCAUAGUAAAUGUUAGCUCAACAAUGCCUUUAUUUUUUUUACUUAUCUCACCUUUUAUGCUUGCAAAGCAAAAACUGUUACAGGGGAGAUUUUUUGAUGGCCAUUCCUCGAUGAAAGGAAAAGAAACUAAAUCAUUAAAAUUUGUAAAAGUAAGAAACAGUGUGUAAAAAGAGAGCGAAAUAAAAAAAGACUGAAUAUACAAAUGCUAUUUAGUAUAACAUUUUAAAGGAACAGUGUGUCGCAUUUAGGGGGAUCCAAUGGCAGGAAUUGACAUAUAAUAUUAAUAAGUAUGUUUUCUUUAUUGUAUAAUCACCUGAAAUAAGAAACAUGUUUUUGUUACCUUAGAAUGAGCUGUUUAUAUCGACUUAGGGAGCGGGUCCUCUUCACGGAG